AUGUCUGAGCUGUCUCACCCUCAAGACGCGGCAAAGGACCCAGUCACGGGAGCCGAAGUCCCCGCUGGAGCAGCCACCGACGAUGUAGCUGCCGAUGCGGUCGACUCUGGCUCCGAAGAUGGCGAGGCAGACGCAGCAGCAGCAGACGAAGGCGCACCAGGUAACGCCGGUGCUGGUCUGACAUCGAAGCAAAAGAAGAAGAAGAAGUCAAAGGCAGCUCAGAAGCUCAAGAAGAAGCUUGGAUUGGAAAGUAGCAACAAUGGCGAAGAGUCUUCUAGCGCUGGAGGCAGUGCAGGAAAUCAAGUCACACCAGAGAUGCUCUCACAAGCUCAUGGAGAACAGGCAGCCGACAAGGUCAAUGUCAAGAAUUUGCAGGAGGUCCUGAAGCUGAUGAAUUUGGAGAGGAAUGCUACGUUGCAAGGGCAGAAGACUCGGGGCAUAUCGGCCAACUUGAAUCAGAUCAAAGAUCACAAGUUCUGGAAGACGCAGCCGGUGAUGAAGGCUGAUGAGAGCGCUCCUCUGACUCCUGCGGAAGAAGGCCCGAUUCAGCCCAAUGCCCCUCCUGAGAAGGUCAAGCAAGACCCUUACCCUCUCCCAGCCGACUUCGAAUGGGUGACGGUAGACAUUGACGACGAAGAGGAGCUCAAGGAAGUCUAUGAGCUUCUCUCUGCAAAUUAUGUCGAGGACGAUGAUGCCAGCCUGAGGUUCAACUACUCUCCAGCAUUCCUGCACUGGGUCUUGAAGCAUCCUGGUUACCAGAAGACCUGGCACGUUGGAGUGAGAGUCGUCUCUACAAAGAAGCUCGUCGCCUUCAUCUCGGGCAUCCCGCACGAGCUACGAGUCCGAGAAAAGUCUUUCCAUUCGACUGAGAUUAACUUCCUAUGUGUUCACAAGAAGUUGCGGUCGAAGCGUCUGGCACCGGUGCUCAUCAAAGAAGUCACCAGGCAGUGUCACUUGACUGGAAUCUUCCAAGCCAUCUACACCGUCGGUACGGUCUUGCCCACACCGCUGAGCUGUGCGAGGUACUACCAUCGAACGAUCAAUGCCGAAAAGCUGCUCAAGAUCGGCUUCGCCUCUGUUCCUUCUGGCCUCAGCAAGAAGACUUGGGCUGCUCGCUAUUCAUUGCCAGACAAGGGGUCUCUGGCUGGUCUACGGGAGAUGGGAGACGAGGACGUGCCUCAAGUGGGCAAGCUGAUGCGACGCUACCUCCGGAGAUUCGACAUGGCUCCUCGUUUCACUGACGAGGAAGUACGGCAUGUACUUCUGAGCGGGCGUGGAGGAGAGGGCAAGCAAAAGGUGGUGUGGACGUAUGUCAUUGACGACCCGGAGAAGCCAGGGAGAAUCACAGACAUGGCCUCCUUCUACUCGCUGCCCUCUUCGGUGCUGGACUCGGAAGAGCACAAGACGCUCAAUGCUGCCUACCUCUUCUACUACGCCACAGAUGUAGUCUUCCCUGCCGAGCAGCACACCGGGAGUGAGACAGCCACCACUGCCUCAGCCGGCACGGAGCCUUCAUCGAGUUCCUCGUCUCAAGCAGCUGGUAGCUCUUCCAUGGCAGUACAAGGAGCGCGACCCAUGACCGAAGAGGAAAAGUCGCUACCUGCCUGGAAGCGCAGUCUACUGACUGGUCUCAGUGCAGAGGAACUCAAGGAUGAGGAAGGCGUCGUGAGGUGGGAAGAGGAGAGUGAUGAAGUGAAGCGCAAGCUAACUGCUAGGCUCAAGGCCCUUGUGGGAGACUUGAUGGUCAUCGCCAAGCAGAACAACUUUGACGUCCUCAACUCCCUCACCACCCUCGACAACAACCUCUUCCUCAACGACCUCAAGUUCGGUCCAGGAGACGGGUUCCUUCGCUGGUACCUCUACAAUUGGAAGGCUUCGCCCGUCGCUGGUGGAAUGGGUGGACGACCAGGUGAGCUGGAGCUAGACCCAGCCAUGGCAGCUAGUUUGGCUACUGCUAAUGCAAGUUCAAGUGCAAAGGGGGAGGGGGGUGGGGGGUGGGGGGAAGCGGGGUAG